GAAGGGAGUGUUUUUGAAUAUAUAUAGACAAAAGAUUUCGCCAUCAAAUCUCUCGCUUUUCAGCCCCGAGUGUCUGACAAUUCACGGUUACGGCAACACGCAACCCACGCCUUCCGCCCCUCACUUUUCAUUUUUCUCUACUGAAUCUCCAUUUCCUGUACACAUCAAUGGCGGAUGACGCUCCACCAAUCCGCCUCGAUGCCUACAAGCAAUCUCUUCUCAACCGCCACACCGAGAAACACUUCACCGCCGGCGAGAUCGUUCGCGAUGUCAUAAUCGGCGUCUCCGAUGGCCUCACCGUCCCUUUCGCCCUAGCCGCUGGACUGUCCGGCGCUAACGUGUCUUCCUCCAUCGUCGUCACCGCCGGAAUCGCUGAAGUCGCUGCUGGCGCUAUCUCCAUGGGACUCGGCGGAUAUCUUGCGGCGAAGAGUGAAGCGGAUCAUUAUAUGAGAGAACUCCGGAGAGAGCAAGAAGAAAUCGUCGCAGUUCCCGAUACUGAAGCGGCAGAAGUAGCAGAGAUAUUGGCACAGUAUGGGAUCGAACCUCAUGAGUAUGGUCCAGUUGUGAAUGCUCUCAGGAAGAGGCCUCAAGCUUGGUUAGAUUUCAUGAUGAAGUUUGAAUUAGGAUUGGAGAAGCCAGAUCCUAGAAGAGCUCUACAAAGUGCUUUCACAAUUGCUUUGGCUUACAUAUUAGGGGGACUAGUCCCCCUUCUUCCUUACAUGUUUAUUUCAAAUGUGAUGAGAGCCGUGACAGCAUCGGUUGCAUUGACACUAUUAGCGUUGCUCGUGUUCGGAUAUGCAAAGGGUUACUUCACAGGUAAUAAGCCCUUUAAAAGCGCCCUCCAAACCACCCUCAUCGGAGCUAUUGCAUCUGCAGCUGCUUUUGGCAUGGCUAAGGCUAUACAACAAUGAACUAAACAACUCCCCAUGUCAAUCUCUAUUCAGAGAAUGCCCCCUAAGGCCACAUGUUCAGUCUAAUCUCAUGAGAUUAUUCUAUAACUUUCAUUAGUUUUCUCAGUUUAGGUCCAUAAAUGAACAUUUGAUGUGGUUUCUAAAGCAUUGUCAUAUGCAGAAUUCAAUUUUCUAUGAGCAACAAAUAUGGUUGAAAAAUCAUUUCCAAUCCUUGAAUUUUUUGGCUUGGUGUAUAAGAACAUACAUUGAUACAUGAAUCGAUAAUCGAUAUUCGAUAA